AUGGAGAGCUUAUUUGGGCGCAAGCGGCGCGCCCGAGCACAGGAAGACGGCGCUGUACGACGUCUUGCGCAGGACGAUGGUACUGCGAGUGCCGUGACUGCGUACGAAGCGCCGACAAUCUCGCCUGUACGCCCCGUUUCGGAGUGCGGCGCCGUGCCGCUAACAUUGGGCGAUACUAUCCCUAUUCUACGGACGAACGCUCGAAACAGCGACAUGGGCACAAGCGUGCGCGCCGUCGGCCAAACGCGGAACACCAAGAACCAGCGCGCACAGCACCUACGGCACUCGAUCCUCGCGAAGCUCCCCGAUGCGUGCAUUGCACGUCCUUCGGACGACGAUAUAGAGCGCAUGUUUGCGGACCUGAUGGAUCGCCGUGACCUGCUUCAAGAAGAUGCUUCGCACACCGACACAGCAAGGACCAUGUCGAGUUUUGGCAUCGAAAAGAAAUGGACGCUCGUGUACAAUGACCUGCUUACGGAACACAGCACUGAAAAAGCGCGCGAGCGUCACUCGUACAAGCCACAAGGUGCCUCGCUCGGCAUGCAACAGUCGACCAUGGUCCUUGUCCGCAACUCGCCCGAGUGGUUUAUCAAGAAGUUUAUGGACGGCACCGUGACUGCAAAGCACAUUGAGUCUCUUGCCGUAACAUUGCGCACCUGCGCGAUUGGGUGGCUCCAAAACUUUGUCGAGGCAAAAGGCACGCCCGUUUUGUCGAGCUUCUUGACGGGUUUGCACACACACAAUCCUCCCAACGACGCAGAUUUGGCGCUUGAGUACGAAUUGCUUAAAGCAUUCCGCUCGCUCUUUAACAGCAAACCCGGCGCGCACGAUGCGCUGCGCCAUCCCAAGUGCAUCAGCGGCAUCACGCAGUCGCUCAUCUCUCCCCAGCUUUCCACACGCAAGCAAGCGGCCGACAUCCUGCUCUUUUUGUGCCACUGGGAAAAACCGCAAGGGCAUGCGCUCGUGCUGCAAGGCGUGGAUGAAUUGCGUAGCAUCCGCCGCCUUCCUGGCCGCUUUGACGGCUGGUUUUCUGCGCUUGAGGCUGCCAUCGAUGGGCGUGGUAGGAUGGGCAGUCUCGUGGGUGCUUCGGACGAAGUGCGCAAGCUGCAACUCUCUGGCAUGCUCGAGUCAGGACUCACAGAGUACGUCGUGAACAACAUGUUCCUUAUCAACGCGAUUGUCAAUGGCGAUAUUCUCGACGAUCUUCACGAGCGUGUGCACCUGCGCAGCCAAAUGCAAGCCAGUGGCCUGCCACGCAUCAUGUCCAAGAUGCGCGCGCUCAAUGUUCCCGACUUGGAUACCCAGCUGGACGUGUAUGUCAAGGAUGCACAAAGCGACCAGGAAGAACUCGCCGAGUCGCUCGAACAGCCCGCGGCGAUGCGCGAGCCGCAAGAGCUCUUGCAAGCUGUGUUGAGCCGCGUGCAAGACUCGCGCGCGCGCGAUUUCUUCGUCAGCGCGCUCGAGCACCUCUUACUUAUCCGGCACGAAGGACCCGACCUUGUGCACUACUACCAGCUCAUUGAUUCCAUGGUCAAUACCGUGGUGAUGGACCGCGACGGAUCGGCGCGACAGGGCGACAUGGAAGCACUCAUGGGCACUUCGCUCAACAAUGUCCUUGGGCGCUUUUCCGACCACGACCUUUUGGAACGCUUGCAAUCGGAGCUGUAUGAAGUGCGAGCGGCACUGCAAGCGCAUGAGCAAGAGUCCAACAGGCUCCGCGCCGAGCUUGAGGCAUCGCAAGGCGGUCUGGUGGGAAAGCUCCAGGCGCAGGUGCGCGAGCUGCAGCAGGACCUUGCGCUCUCCAGAGACAAUGGCACCGCGAUCCAGCACGAUAUGGAAGAGCUGGAGCGCACGUAUGUAGACAGGAUCUUGCGCUUGGAGCUCGAACUGCGCGAGUCGGUGGCCAUGCUGCGCGAGCAAGAGCAGUCCGCCGGCGGCCACGCACAGUUUGACCGCGAAACUUUGCGCGAUUCACUCGAGCGCCAAGUCGAGCGCAGCAGGACGAUCCGCAAGCUGGUCUCUGCGCCGGGACGCACAGAGCCGCUGCCUCCGCUCGAAGGGCCGAGGCCGAUGCCGACAUUUGAUCGGACGCCGCGCGCUGCUGAGCAGGCCGUGCUGGAUGUUGGGCUCGGCAUGGAGCGGCGGCCGUCGCAGAAUCCUGUGCCACUGCGCGCGCCGCUGCGUGCUGUGCAGGCGAGUCCAACGUCCUCGCCGAGGCUGGAUAUGUCGGCAGAUGCGGAGCGCAUCGGCCAGGCUGUACUGGCCAUGGACUUGUCGAGCAGCUUCAACACGGCGGAGUCCGAAUCUGCGCCGAAUAGCGGAGCACUUUCCGAGGAUGGAAACGAGUGGAGCAUGAAGGCGAAGCUCGCGUCGGGGAUGGCAAUGCAUACAGAUUUGCAAACGCGGAUGAAGGAUGUGCGCGAUGCGAGGAUACGGCGGCGUGAAGUAUCGAAUGCAAAUGACGACGUUGCUGAGGGCGAUGCUGUGGCGAAGGCUGCGGAUGACAAAGCGGGUGCAGCCGCAGACGCCGCUGUAUCCGUGCCGCCGUCAGGCAUUCCAGUGGCAAACGCUGCGCCAUUGCCGCCGCCGCCUCCGCCGCCGCCAGCGCCGCCAGCGCCGCCAGCACCCCCAAGUAACGACAUGCCUCCUGCCCCUCCUCCUGCCCCACUUCCUGGCGGCAUUCCACCGCCGCCGCCGCCGCCUCCGCCAGCUGCAGGCGAGUCGCUCAUGGCGCAGCUUCGCGUGCGCGUCGGCGACACGGACCAAGACGCACACUCGAAAAGCCCACCGCUCGGCUCCGAGAAACGCAACUCGCUGAUGGAUGUACGCACCAGCAUUACCCUAGACUCGCUUGGUCCUCCCGGCCCCAUGCACGCUCCGCCAGCGCCGCCUGAGCACGCGAAUUUUGGCCCGACAAAUCUGCGCAAGAAUGUGCUUGACAUGGCCAAGAGCCGCAUGAAACAAUUGCAGUGGGAUAAGCUCUCUGCGGAACAUGCAUCGAAUACCGUAUGGGGCGAGAACGGCAAAUUCGAGACGGAAUUGCGCAGCGCAUUGUUAACGCGGGGCGUCUUUGACGAUAUGGAGAGUGAGUUCAAAGCAAAGGAAGUCUCGAAAAAGGCUGCCGGCACUGUGAAGCGCGACCAAAAAGAGCUGCAGACCUACCUGAACUACGCGACCCGCCAAGGCAUUGAAAUGGUGCUUAAGCGCGUGCGCAGCCGUCUGACGGGCAGCCAGCACUGUACGCCAGAAGAAGUGGCGCACUUUAUUAUUCGGUGCGAUGCGCAGGUGUGCGAGCAGAGCAUCCUCACAGAACUCUUGCGCUACUACCCCGAGUCGGAGACCAAAGGCCGCCUUGGCGAGUACAAGAAUGCGUCCGACGAGCAGCUGCGUCUGCUCCACCCCGCCGAUCGUCUUGUCGUGCUCCUUAUGACAGUACCGCACCUGAAAGACAAAGUCAAGGGUCUUUUGUACAGGGCUAAGUACGCCGACACAGUCGAGCUCAUCCGCAACGGCGCCAGUCGAAUCCGCCAUGGUUCCGAGGCGCUGAUGCAUGCGCCCAACUUUGCGCAAGUCCUGUCCAUGGUGCUCAUGUUUGGCAACUACUUGAACGCGACAGGGAUCAAAGGCGGUGCACAUGGAUUCAGGAUCAGCAGCAUCAACAAGCUGGUUGAUACCAAGGCAGGCGAUGGCACUACACUGCUCCAUUUUGUCGAGCGCACCAUUGCACGAUGCUUCCCCGAGCUGGAAGCAUUUACCGAAGAGCUCACGUCGGCGACGCAAGCGUGCCGUGUACAGCUCCAGGAUUUGAGACGCGACCUUGCCGAGCUCACAACGGGGAGUAUCCAGCACAAGAAGGAUCUCGACCGGCUGCUCAGCGAGCGCGAGGAGAAUUUGGAGGAUCCCUACGCAAAAAUCAUGCUUCCAUUUUUGAAGCACGCCUCAGACGAGCUGUCAAAACUAUCGGACCAAAUUCACUUCACCGAGCGCGUCUUUGCCGACGCGCUCAAGUUUUAUGGCGAGGGCGGAGAUCCUGCGCGGCGCGGAUUCGCCCCCUCGCAAGGCAUGCCCACCGAGGAAUUCUUCGGCAUAUUUAAAGAGUUCCUCGCAGCCUACCGCAAAGUCAAGGCGGACAAUGCAGUGCUUGCUAAGCAGCGCGCCGCGGAAGCAGCGCGCCGCGCCGCAGCGCAAGAACGGGCGCAGGAGCGGAGCGACGCACAGGCGCGGAAACGCCAAGGCGUCGACGACACAGCUGUGCUCGAGUCGCUGCUUGGCUCCCUGCGUUCCAGCGGCGGAACGCCCAUGCGCCUGCAAAGGCAGGCGCGCCGCCGCGCUCGACUCACGUCGGGCGGUGCCAAAGCCUCUGCCGACAAGCCCGUCGAGUUGAUGGAGUACAUUGCGGAGGAUGAAGACCCGUCGAGUAUCGCUGCGCUAAUGCUUGCCAAGCUGCAGGGCGGUACAGAGGCAAUAUCGGACGCCGCGAGCGCUGAGAUGCACGCGACUGCAGCUAAGCGCGCGGAGCGUCGUCGUGGACGAGAAGAACGAAAUAGCAUGCCUGUCUGGUCAGAUGCAUCAGCCAUUCCUGAAUCGGCAUAUACCCUUGGCGACGGGAGCCCGCAGAGCAAAGCGCGCGACGCACGCUCCCUUUCGUCCUUGCCGGCCUCGCCGACACGCAAGCGCGCGGAAACGAUGCCGCGUGCAGCGCAUACGGCGGCGACAAACACGCCCAUGUCUACUUCUCCGGAUUCAUUUUACUCUUUGACGGGGCAGGAGAACGGUGUGCAAGAUAAAUAA